UUCGUAGAGUCGGAUAAAGAUGCGACAACAAGACCGCUAAUAAUAUGGUUCAGCGGUGGGCCAGGAUGUUCGUCGGUGGUGGCACUUCUCAAUGCAAUUGGUCCAUUCGAAUUCGCGCAAAAUGGACAUUUGCAACUAAAUCCUUACUCGUGGCAUAAGACAAUAAAGGAAAAUUACGAUGCAAUCAAAGACUUUUUCAAAAAGCAUCCAAAAUUUCUCAAAAAUCCACUGUAUUUAAUGGGUGAAAGCUACGCAGGCAUCUUUGUUCCAGUGCUUGCAGUCCACAUUCUGAAAAAUGGCCAAGACAACAAAUUCAAUUUGAAGGGCCUAGCAUUGGGAAAUCCAUUUCUCCACGAAGUGCUUAAUAUCCACACGUCACUGAUAUAUGCAUACGAGCAUGCUCUGAUUGAUCAGCACGACUGGGACAAUUUUGUGGAAGAUUGCUGCCAUGGCUGUGAAGAUGGUUGUGACUUCAGGCCCGGCCAACUCCGGGGGCUCUGUCUUACUGCCCUCCAGACAGAGAAGUCGGGACUUAAUCUCGUUGGCUAUAAGUUCCUUGGUCCGGCAGAGGUAAGUGAAGGCGUAAUAAAUUUAUGUAGCUAUUCACAGGUUACAAAAAGCUAUAAGAAGGAGUACGAUGAUAUGUCUGCAACAUUUAAAUGGCUCAUGUCAAAAAAAUUUUCCAUACUACUUUAUUACGGAGAUACCGAUUUGGUAUGCAAUUUCCUAAUGGGUCAACGCUUCGCAUACAAGCUCAAUUUGAAGAUGUCCGGAAGAGAGAAGCAAAACUGGCACGUCGAUGGACACGCUGGUUUCAAAACUUUGUACCAAACAGCAUCUGCAAAUCUAACAUUUCUGACGGUACGAGGUGCGGGGCACAUGGCUGCGCAGUGGCGUGCACCACAGGUGUUCCAUGCUGUGAGCCAGUUCAUCCAAAACAAGGAGUUGUCCUGA